CCGCCUCCUCGAACCCCACAUCCUCCACAACGGGCCAACUCCCCACCAUUGCCUGCCUUACCUCACCUCCCUCCGACCUUACCUGACGCAAGGUAAGAGAGUUCCUUGGAGUUACGCUACGCUCACGACGAACCCCGUGCCAUUGGACUGCAAACCGACCACCCACGAAUCUGCACCCCGUUCAUCCUACACGAAACAAUACACAUUUCGGACCGAUUAGCAAUUCCGCCGGCCCUCGACAAACUACAGACCACUGCCGACACGAUGUCCAUUAUCCAGCAGCACACGUCCGCCUCGCUCAGCGACGCCUGGCGGACCAUCAACAUCGACGCUCUGCAGGAGGAUUCGGCGUGUAACUUUGACACGUCGACGCUGCACCCGCCGCAGCCCGAGAUCGGUGAGGACGAAGUGCGACAGCUCGCCGGCCAGGUGCGGCAGCUCCUCCGUGGCGGAGAUGCCGAGGGUGCGCUGAGGGGAUGCUUGGAGUUUCCCGUCUACAACGGCCCCGAUGCCGCCAAGGACGCCCACCUCCAGACCAUCACCGAGGUCCUCCAGUCCAUCAAGGCUUCGGAGAUGACGCCCCUCCUCAAGUCCAUUUACGGCUCGGCCGGCGGCCCCGAGCUGCUCGACGUCCUCAUGAAGUACAUCUACAAGGGCAUGGCGGGAUCCGCGGCCAGCUCCGGCGGUCUGAGGUCGCCGCCGCCGCAGCAGGCCGCGCCCGGCGGGUUCAGCCAAAUCGGCGGACGGCCGGGAGGCACGAACGAGAACGUCGGCAGCGCCAUGAGCGUGCUGCUGAGCUGGCAUGAGAAGGUCGUCGACGUGGCCGGUCUGGGAACCAUUGGCCGUGUCAUGACCGACUGGAGAAGGGUUUAAGAGUGGGGUUUUGCGGAAAGUAAGGAGAGGGGAGGGGUGGCUGAUAAUGAAGUUCAUGACGAGCGUGGGCAUGCUCGGUGUAGGCAGAUACAUAGCUUGUCCUUCUACGAUUUCCAACGUAGACUUAUUUGGCGUGCCGACAAUGGAAAGCCAUAGAUUUCUUUUUGUUCAAGUCUGUUCCUUCUUGUU